AGUGGUGUAAGCAAGCACUUAAAAAAAAUGACAGACGGAAAGCCACCCACGGGUGUUGUAAUGGGAGAAAAUUGUGAUUCAGAGGACUCAAGGGAGACAGAUAAAGAAGAGGGGAAAGAUAAAACAUGCAGCACAGGUCAGACUCCAACUCUACAGGAACUCGAGGAGAUCCUGCAUUCAGCACCACGCUCAUGUCACCAUGCAGAUGAGGUUUGGCCGAAUCUCUUUCUGGGAGACAUGUUUAUGUCUCAUAAUAAGUUUGAACUCUGGCAGCUGGGCAUCACUCAUGUGCUGAACGCCUCCCAUAGGAAACUCUGCUGCAAAGGCAGAGAUGAUUUCUAUGGAACCACAGUGAAAUAUUACGGAGUUCCUGCCAACGAUCUACCUACAUUCGAUCUCUCGCCUUUUUUCUACCCUGCAGCAGAGUUUAUCCACCUGGCUUUGGCAUCAGGAGGGAAGAUUUUUGUACACUGUGCUGUGGGAGUGAGCCGCUCUGCUGCGCUGGUUUUGGCCUACCUGAUGAUUCAUCAUAACUUCAGUCUCCUAUCUUCAAUGCGCUGUGUGCAACAGCAGCGCUGGAUUUUUCCUAACAGAGGAUUUAUACGACAGCUUAUUGACCUAGAACAAAGUCUGUGUGUCCAAAGACAAAAUUAGCUCAAGCAGUUUUUAUGGCUGGUUAAAUUA